CAAAAAUGGCAUGCGAGUGACGCGACUGUGGCGCUACAGCUGCGCUUCUAAAUAUUGUAUGAAAAAUAAUAGCGACGCAGCUGCAAGCGUCCGAUGUGAAGGCGUCCUAAAGCAUGGUGAAAGUAAAUUAAAUAAAGUAUUGUAUGUUCAGUUCUUAGGGUUACUAGCAACUAUUUUAGUUAAUUGUAAUACCUGCUUGGGCCAUUAUCGUUAUAAUCACAAAUGCCUAUAAUUGCAAAUUAAGUACGUUCACCUGCCUUACAUUUAUGUAAGGAAAUAAUGGAAAGCCUUAUAAAGAGAUAACGUGAAAUUACAUGCGCAGGCAGCGGGCAGACGGCAUGUGGCGCGGCGCUCGCUGGCGCGCGCUGGUGGCGCUGGCGGGGGCCGCGCUGCUGUUGGGCGCGGUGCGGCGGAUGACGGGAGGGAGCGGGGGCGGCCCAGGGGGCGCCCUGCAGAUGGGCGAUGAGGUCACGGGCCGCGACCUGCCGCUCAUCUUCAUAGGCGGCGUCCCGCGCUCCGGCACCACCUUGAUGCGCGCUAUGCUAGACGCGCACCCGGAUGUGCGUUGCGGGCAGGAGACACGCGUGGUGCCGCGCAUCCUGCAGAUGCGCCAGCACUGGAUGCGCUCUCAGAAAGAAGUGGUGCGGCUGGAGCAGGCGGGCGUCUCCAAAACCGUGCUCGACAAUGCGAUUGCAGCCUUCUGCUUGGAAGUGAUAGUGCGCCACGGCGAACCGGCACCGCGGCUGUGCAACAAGGACCCGCUCGUACUCAAGAUGGGCACCUACGUGCUCGAGCUGUUUCCCAACGCGAAAUUCCUGUUCAUGGUCCGCGACGGCCGGGCCACCGUGCACUCCAUCAUAUCGCGGAAGGUUACGAUCACCGGGUUCGAUUUAACAAGCUACCGCCAAUGCCUCACCAAGUGGAACCACGCGGCGGAACUCAUGUAUCAGCAAUGCAAGGCGAUAGGCAAAGACCGCUGCAUGAUGGUGCGCUACGAGGCGCUGGUGCUGGCGCCGGCCGCUACGCUGCGGCGCGUGCUCGCCUUUCUGGACCUGCGCUGGGACGACGCCGUGCUGCACCACGAGCGGUACAUCAACCAGCCGCACGGCGUGGCGCUCUCCAACGUGGAGCGCUCGUCGGACCAAGUGGUGCGGCCGGUGAACCUGGACGCGCUGGACAAGUGGGUGGGGCAGAUCCCGGCGGACGUGCGCGCCGAUAUGGCGGAGCUGGCUCCGAUGCUGUCGGUGCUGGGCUACGACCCUUGGGGCAACCCGCCCGAGUACCGUACGCUGCUCGACCCCAAGGAACGCGCCGAGGCACCCGCCGCGCAGCCCACGCCCGAUUCGCGCCCGCCCUAGAUACUUACGCUCAGAUUCAUAUUGUGUGUAUAAAUGGAUUGCAUUUUAA